AGCAAUCUGGCUGGCUACGUUCUCGCCUUAGAAAUACACCCCAUGAUUACUUUUCACACCUAGUAUACUGUCUUGUUUCGCUGUGAAUGAGCGCAUAUGUUUUUCCGCUUGUGUUUUAUUGGAAAAUAAUAAGCCUUAUAUUAUUAAUAUAUCACGAUACCAGUGCUUUGAGACUUAAAGCUAUUGAGAUGGAAUACAGUUCAUAGAGGAAACUUGUAGUUUUUAUUAUGAUGGUGGAGAUUGUGUUAUAGCUUUAAUCUGUUUAAGACGAAAUAGUGUGAAGAAAUGAAAUUGACGAUGAUAUUAUAAGUACAUGAUCAUUUAUGUUAUUUAUUUUUUUGGCAACGGGAUGAAAGUCACUCUGAACACGAAAACCAUAAUGUAAAAUUGAACAAAAAAAAUAUUGUUGAUGCACGAGUUUAGAAUUUGGAUUAUUAUUUCUUGCUUUUGAAAUAUUUGAAAAUAUAAGUGAUAUAAAGCUGUGAUGACGUCAUUGGAAUUAUGUGACGUGAUGUCUUAGCCCGUUAACGGUGAUAUCAAUUGGGCUAUUCAUAUUGACGGGGAUGGAUAACGUCAAUUUACGUUACGUUUUGACGUUUAUAACGUUAGCUACGGAAGUGUUUAGUCAAUAUCUUAGCAAUGAUAUCAACGGAGGAAAGGGACCACGAGUUGUAUCUAUGGCGGUACGUUCGGACAUUCUGUACCGGUUCGCCGAGACAGUGGUGACGUCAACAGUCGUAAAUGAGCUGUAUGACGCCAGAGAGACAACUUUUGACGUCAACCUGCCCAUGGACGCGUUUACGUCAAAUUUUACGCUAGAAGUGGAUGGGGUUUCCUAUAAUGGCGAGGUGAAAGAAAAACAGCAAGCUCGACAGACAUACGACAAAGCAAAGCGCAAAGGCCAGACAGCAGCUCAUAUGUUUUAUAACAAACCACGUGAUACAAACAGUUUUAGGGUGACCAUAAAUAUUGCCGCACAAUCACAAGUCACUUUUGUCCUGACGUACAACGAGUUAUUAAAACGCAAGAGGGGACAUUAUGAGCACGUCAUAUAUAUUGACCCCAACCAAGUAGUGGACCAACUUUUGGUAGAGGUUUAUAUCAGCGAGUCAAGGGAGAUAACUGCGCUAAGAAUUCCUCCAGUGCGGAAUGAUAUAUUGGAAAACGCAUUCGGAUUUCCGACAACCAAUGAACUAGCGCUUGUUGAGCGUCCUUCACCCAGGACAGCGUAUAUUCGAUACAACCCGUCACCCGCGGAACAAGCAAGGGACUCGUCACAGGGAAUAUCAGGGAUGUUUAAGGUCCAAUAUGAUGUGGAGAGGUCAUUGGAUGCCGGGGAUAUGUAUAUCGUUGACGGCUAUUUUGUGCAUUUCUUUGCGCCAGUUGGAAUCAGGCCACUCCGAAAACGGAUACUCUUUGUCUUAGACGUGAGCGGGUCAAUGAGCUUUGGACGCAAAAUUAUGCAAGUCAAGGAGGCAAUGACCCAAGUUUUAACGGAGUUGAAACCAGAGGAUCUUUUCAACAUUGUCACAUUCGAGAGCAUAUCUCACGCGUGGUCACCGACCAUGAGGGCUGCCACCAUGGAGAACCUUGUAAAAGCAACAGACUAUGUCCAAAACCUGAAACCGCUUGGAGGUACAAACGUGAACGAUGCGAUGAUAGAUUCCAUUAAGAUAUUACAGGACGUCAAUAACGUCGGCGUUGAUGCCCCCAUCAUCGUUUUUCUAACGGACGGUGAUCCUACGGUCGGGGUUACUAACUUCGGUAAAAUUUUAAACAACGUAGAUUUGGCUAACAGAGAGAAGAUUCAAAUAUUCAGCCUUGCCUUCGGAGAGGAUGCCAACUUUGCCUUCCUGAAAAAGAUAUCUGCCAGAAACAAUGCUUUUGCAAGAAAGAUUUACGUUGAUUCCGAUGCAACGUUGCAGCUUACAGGGUUUUACAACGAAAUAUCGAACGUCUUGCUGUCGAAAAUAUCAUUCACCUAUCUCGAUGACACAGUUAAUUUGACAACAGUUACACAGACCCAGUUUCCGAGCUUUUUUGAAGGCUCCGAGUUAGUGAUUUCAGGUCAGCUCAACGAAUUGGAUGACAACUUUAACGCCAUUACUAUGCAAGUGAUCGGCUCAAGCAAAACUGGGGUUUUAGAAAUGUCAGCGACAACGAAGGUGAUAGAAAAUUCGAAGACAGCUCAGCUUUCAGAUUUCAAGACGAGACUUGAUUUUUCAACGAUUGUAAAGAAGACAUGGGCUUAUUUGACGAUAAAGAAAUUAUUGCUUGAGGAACUUAAAACUGAAAACCAUCUUUUGAGAGAAGAUCUUCGACAUGACGCGGUCAGGCUAGCUAUUAAAUUUAAUUUUGUAACCCCCGUUACAUCGAUGGUAGUGAUAAAACCGGAAGAAAAGAAAGCGGAUAAGGCAGAUCACAACAUACAAGAAGACGACGCCAAGGCCCUUGAUGCCGAGGAAAAGGAUGCCGACCCCGGUACAGCUGCACUGAACGCUUCCGGUACAAAAGCACUAACUGCCACGUUAAAAGACGCUAAGGCUCUUGCCGAUAGUGACCCUCACUUUAUCGUCAACGUCAAAGGUCUGGAAUAUGCCAUCUGUUUUGACGUCAUGGGUGUAGAAGGCGACGUCUAUCAACUGAUCAACGAUAAAUACUCUGGGUUGCAAGUGAAUGCCAAAGUCGUAGCCAACAAGGACAUAAAAGAUGACAACCACACAAUGGCUAGCUCAUCAGGCGUGAUUAAAACUUUCCUUGGGGAAAUCAUCAUUAAACGCUGGAAGUUUGUCAUCAAAAUUACACCAAAGACACUCACGCUUAUGGGAGAGACUGUAGAAUGGACAAAUGGGACUACACUUAGUCAUGGGAAGACAAAGAUUGUUGUUGACCAAGCGGGAACAAUGGUUGUUGUCAUUUUUAACGACCGCGUUGCUUUGCUUGUUAUGCGGCAUUUGAAAUCGAAGGCUCUCCUCCGAGCAGGGAAAGUGAAUUUCCUAGGGUUUUAUAUCGUCGAAUACAAAGGCCUUUCCUACCACACUCAUGGAUUGUUAGGGCAAUUUCUCCAUCGAAAUGUCAUUCUGAAGAAAACCAAGAAUAGAAAAGGUAAACUCAUGGGGCGCCUUAGAGUUAGCGGCAAUAUUAAAAGACCAAGGAAGGUAAUGGCGACUCUGGGUCACCGAUUAAACAUGGCAACAAACUCUUCUGUUUCAUGUUGGAUGGUCCAACACAAUGGCGGCAAUUUGUUAGACGGAAAUAUCACUGAUUAUCUUUUAAGGAGAAAACAUUCAAAAGAAAGUAGUGAUGAUGAUGAAGACAUUGCCGAUGAUGUCGAAACAGAAGGAACUACGUUUAGUCCCGAUGUUAACAAACAAACCUUCAAUAAUGAAAUUGAUGUAGAAACAGAAGGCCUCACAACGCUUGAGGCGGACAGCUUUGAUAAAGACGUUACAGAUACGCUUGAUUAUGACGAUGAAUUAAAUGAAGAUGACGAAAACAGCGAAAUGAUUUCCCUUGAACAAGAUGAGAAAGAUAAUGAUAUUGAAAGUGAUGAUACGGGAUCUCUAAAAAUGUGAAAAACAACAUGUUCACUAAACUCGUAUACUUGUGUCACAUUCAAUUAUCUGACAUAAUCGAAACCUUGAGCCACUAUUAAACUAACUGACAAUGUGGAAUAACGUGUAGAAUGUUUAUGCGUCUGAAUUAUCCUUUUUUCCGUAGGGUUGAAGGUAAUAUUUGGUUGGUGCUAUGGAUAAAGAAAUGAUCCAAUAAAUAACCAGAUAGAUUCAAGGCUUGCAUUGUUGAUGGCAAUAACAUUCCUGUUGUAUGAACGUGCUUUGCAAACUGAUACGUAAACUCGUUAUGGAAAAAGACAAGUAGUGUUUCUAUCAUUGUCUCGACAAUAACAGAGAAUGAUAUCACAUACAUGUAUAAGUGAUGGUCAUUUUAUUUGGAAACCUGCAAAUCGUAUUGACAGUAACUGACAAUGAUUAUACAUACAUGUAAAAGUGAUGGUCUGUUUCUAUGGAAACGUGCAAAUCGUAUUGACAGUAACUGACAAUGAUUAUACAUACAUGUAUAAGUGAUGGUUAGUUCUUAUGGAAACAUGCAAAGCGUUUUGACAGCAACUGAGAAUGAUAUAAUUUCAUAGUGAUAUACCUUUUAUAUUGACAUAUACAAAGCUUGUUGGCAUUAGCUGAGAAUGAAAUCACAUAUUUAAGUGAUAUACCAUUUAUAUUGACACAUAUAAAGCGUGAUGAUAUUAUAUUUGAUAAGCCAUUGAUACAAAAUAGUGUUGUGCCUGUUGAAGCACCACAUUGAUAUUACUAAAAACAUAAGACAUAUGUAUCUGAAACAGAUAAGUGUGACUUAAUUGUGUAUACAAUUGUAACUGCAACUUCUUGCGGUGACAUAUUCGAAACUAGAAGAAAGGAUUUCUGUAUAUACAUGUAUAUGUAAAUAGCGAUGACAUGUUGAUUUAUAUGUCCCAUUGCAUGACUAUGUUUAUAUAACAUUGAUAUAAACCUUUGCGUGAUGUUACGAUUAUUAUGCAAAUGCGAGAUAUUGUACAUAGCAUAUGUUCAGUGCCUUAAAUGUGUAUACUUC